UAAAAAUGCGUCUUACGGUGCUGUUGCUAUGUAUUUUAAGUGGCUGUUUUGCCCAAUUUAUUAAUUAUGACGGUUCUAAGCUGUAUCAACUGAUUCCUGAAAAUGAAGAACAUUUGGAAUUUUUGGAUUUUAUUCAAAAUAGUGAAAGAUACGAUUUUUGGUCGGAGACUCGUUCCUUAAAUAUUCCUGCUGUUGUUAUGGUAAAAGGUGCCGCCUUGGAAAAUUUCUGGGAAGCCUUAACUAGCAGAGGAAUUAAGUUCAAACUGUUAAUGAAUAAUGUACAAAGAUCCAUUGAUAAUGAAAAAAUUAGACAAAAAUCUUCCAAACCAGUUGGAGAAGGUCAAAUCAGUUUUACACAAUACCAUCGUUAUGAUGAAAUUGUCAGCUACUUACAAAGAUUAGCAGUAGAUUAUCCAGAAAAGGUUGUGCUUGAAGAAUUUGGUACCUCUUACGAGGGUAGACCCUUGUACGUUAUUAAAAUUGGAAGUGGGCCAUCUUCAAAUCCCGCCGUGUUAAUUGAUGGAGGCAUUCAUGCUCGUGAAUGGAUUUCCCCAGCUGUUACUUUAUACACCAUUAAACAAUUAGUUGAAAAUGAAAGUAAUGCUGACAUGAUUGCUAAUGUUAAUUGGGUUAUUGUUGUUGUUUUAAAUCCAGAUGGUUAUGAAUAUACUCAUACAACUAAUCGAUUGUGGAGAAAAACAAGACGUCCCGGUGUUCAAUGUAUUGGCGUUGAUAUGAACAGAAACUUUGAUUUCCAUUGGAUGGGCCCAGGUACAAGUGCUAACGAAUGUUCUGAAACCUUCGCCGGACCUUACGCCUUUUCGGAACCUGAAGCACAAUCGUUCGCAAAGUUAGCUCAAAGCAUGGAUAACAUCUUCUUAUAUUUAGGGGUUCAUAGUUAUGGUCAAUGGUUAUUGUAUCCAUGGGGAUUCACUACAGAUCUUCCUGAAAACGCCGAUGAACUUCAAGAAGUAGGUGAAAGAGUUGCUGCUGCUAUAAAAUCUAUAAAUGGAACUGUUUAUGUAACUGGAACAUCUCCCAAUUUAACUUAUUACGUUUCCGGAACAACUAAAGAUUGGGCAAUGGGAGUUGCAGGAGCUAGAUUAAGUUAUACAAUUGAGUUACCAGGUGGAGGAAAUGCCGGGUUUGAUUUGCCUGCGGAAAAGAUUAUGUCAGUAUGCGAGGAAACUUGGCCUGGUAUUAUUGAAUUUUAUAACUAUAUUGUUGAAAAUACCAAACGUAUGUAAAAUACAAUAAAAUUAUAAUAUUUUCA